GGAAAAGAAACCGGAUUUGAAACAUGGCGGACGACGCGGAUCAGCAACAGACCACCAACACUGUAGAGGAGCCGCUGGAUCUCAUCAGGCUCAGUCUAGAUGAACGAAUUUAUGUAAAAAUGAGAAAUGACCGAGAACUGCGAGGAAGAUUGCAUGCUUAUGAUCAGCAUUUAAACAUGAUUUUGGGAGAUGUAGAAGAGACUGUGACAACUAUAGAAAUUGAUGAAGAAACUUAUGAGGAGAUCUAUAAAUCAACCAAGAGGAACAUUCCAAUGCUGUUUGUUCGAGGCGAUGGGGUUGUAUUAGUAGCCCCUCCACUGAGAGUUGGCUGAAACCAAGACCUUAUCCUGUGUGGAAAAUUGGAGACUCUGGACAAUAGCCUCUGCGAGAGAAGCUGGUGUUCAAAAGAACAGCCUGUGAUACUUUUUGAUAUUUAGAAAUAAUCAAGGAGCCCUCCACCCUUAAAAUGUUUAUUUCCAGACAGUUCCUAGUAUAACCGGUGUAACACUCAAUCUUAGAUUUCGGAUACCAAACCUACCAAUUAAUGUCGGCACCAUAAAGCAGGACUCUUUUUCAGUGAUUUAAUUUGUCUCUUCAUCUCGUAGGCAAUUAUAUUUUUUUAAUUAAAUUUACCUUUUGGGUUUUUUGACCAGGUGA